UUCUUUACAGCGUUUGGGAAGGCAUAAAAAAUUCAGUCAGCGCCAUGUGUAGCAUUACUAUGACACACACUUAACAAUUCAGUUCAGAAAAUGCCUAAACAAAUGGACCUAAACCACCUGUGAAGGAAGUCUGCAUCAUACUCCUAUGCCAGCCUUAUUCAAAUUUGUUAUGCCCCAACCCCUGUUUAAACCUAACCAAAGGACCACCCACGGAAACCCAAAACAAAGUAAGCCAAGAAGAAUCAUUUUUUCUUCCUAAGCUUGAUACCCCCAUCUCCAAGGUAAGAAAAACCUAUACCUUAAACCCCCACAUUUGAUCCAUGAAUCUUGAAUUUCUUUGAAGAUGGUACAAAGAAAGGUACCCAUCAAGUUUGGAGCCCAAGCUGAUUAUGGCAAAUCCAAGAAGCGGUUGGGGAACCUCAAGCCAUUGUCUUAUCAGCACCAGGAUGGCAAGAUCAGAGGACCAGAUAAGAAGAAGCAAAUGAAAAGGUCUAGAUCAAUCAAGCUUUCAGAUAUUGAGAGCUUCAAUUCAUCAACUUUGAGGAAAACCAUGUCCCAGCCUGGAAAGAUGCCACCUCACAAUGCUUCAACGACUGCUGCAACCCCACAGAAGCAGCAUCUAAUGCUUAAAACGACUGGUGGAUCGCCAAAUUACAUGAAGGCUACUAGCAGUUCGGAGGCAAGAAAGGAGCGUUCUCAGGUGAGUUCCUUGAAUACUCCAACUGCUUCGGAUGCUAAGAAACCAGGUCGAAGAAACUCGGGCAAUUCAAAACUUAGUUCUGCUUCUAGUAAUACACCAACUAGAACGUUAACUAAGUCAUCUAGUUUGAAGUUGGUGAGGACUUUAACAAAGACUCCCAGUUUUAAGCCAGCGAGAAGUGCUGCAAAAAAAUGUUCCAGGGUAGCUCUAUGUGCAGAUAUGGAUGUACAUAAAGCUACCUGCUCUUCAACCCUGAAGGACUCGACGUUUCCUGAAUAUCUCAUGCUCAAUCCUGGGGGUACUGAGGCGGAGGGAACUUCUGUCCUAAAGGUCUGUCCGUACACCUACUGCUCUCUUAAUGGUCAUCAUCACGCUCCUUUGCCUCCCUUAAAGUACUUCUUGAAGGCGAGAAGGCGUACACUGAAGGCCGAAAAGAAAGAAAGAAUGGAGGUUUUAUCCCCACGUAGAGCUAAGGCAGUUGGUGACCGAAUAGAAGUUCUUAGUAGUCAACCACUUAUUUUCUCCAAUGACAAACCACCACAUGAGGAAGCAGAUUUCAUGUACUCUACAAAAAUUCCAAUGGUAAAGGAAGUGGACGUGGAUUUCUUUGUUGAAAUCUAUGCCAAAAUUACAGCUGUUGGACCUGAAGCAACUGAAAAGCACACAGGGGAGGAUGAUGAGGGAACCAUCGGUUUUGGAGAACCCAGCAAACGGGACAGCAAGUGCUCUUUUCAUGGUGGCGAGGCAGCUGAACAAGACAACGUAAAGCAAGUUGAUGAGAACUUGUCGGAUUCAUCAUCACACCUGGAGACUGAUUUCGAGGAAAUCUGUGGACAAAACAAUUAUAUCCAUCCGGCUGAGAUUUGGACGACGCAUGACUUUCUUGAAGAAAAAGCAGAAAAUGUGGAUGGAGCCUACCCACCCAUUUUGUCUCAAGAAGCAAGAAAAGAAUGGUGUGGCAGUGAGAGUGGCAGUGAGAUUAGCAUUGAAGAGGAAUGCCAAGCAAGCAUGAAGGAAGAUGACAGCAUUUCUGACGCUAGAGAUAUGGAGUGGGAGGAGGGACAAAUUUCCACCUCUGGGUUUGACACAGAAGCUCAUUAUUUGGACAAGUCUGACAAAGAAUCUAGUGUCAGUGUUGAGUGCCUGGACAUCAAGAAGUUUAAUUUGACAGACGAACCUGAGAUUGUUAGAUCAGAUGACAUAAUUAGCAACUGCACAGAGGAGAUUCUAGCCGAUGAGGUAUUGCAAGAACUCUUUGAAGAAGAAACGGCCUAUUUCGACACACAUUGCAUUGAUGGUGAUUCCGAAAGUGAAGGUUUGCUGCAAACUUGGGAGAUUGAAACUACCCAAGUGGAUGGUGAUUUAGCUUAUGACGACCAACUUUCUUCCAUUGAAUAUGCAUUUGAGGAACCAACAGUGGAAAAGAAUAGUGAAGAUGCUAAGAAAGAUUUGACUUGUGCCGUGACUGCUUCAGCUUCAAUGGAGGAGCCAAUUGUGGAAUCAGCAGCAGUCAAUGAGAAUAAUCAGGAGGAUGGAGUAUGUGAUACAGAGCAUAAUAUCUUUGAAAAGAAUCCUCAACGCAGGGAUGCUGAAAAUGAUUGCAGUACCAACAUAACAACUGAAGCGCUGAAUGUUUACCAAGGAGAUAAAUCACUUCAAGCUGAAGACGCCACUGAGUUGCUUCAAGGUCAAAUUUCAUCUUCUCAGAGUUUGGAUGAGAAUGAGAUAGGCAACGCUGAAACAAAUGAAGGCCAGAAGUCCAAGGAGACAGAAAGUGAUCAAAAUUUGGCAAUCAGUGCUUCUGCCAUAAAAGAACAAGAACAAGUUGUCAAUGCCGAACUGUCCUUGGGUAUUCAAAUUUCUGAUUCAUCUCAGAGUUACUCUACAGCUGAUCAAGAUGAUUCUGAGGACAAUGACAACCAAAAUCAGAUAAUUGCUGAAGCUUACCAGCUUGAUGAAAUUGCUGAAGACAGCAGUUCAAGUCAAAAGCUUCCCGAUCAAAACUGUCCAGGUAAGGACGGCCAGAAUGAGAACCAGCACUUAUUUGGGAAACAUCAAGGUGGGGCUAACAAGUUCAAAAUACAAACUUCCAUGGACUAUGAUGAGCAGACUGAUUCAAGGAUACAUCAAAUCAGUUCAGCCAGACACAUUACAGGGGAAGUUGAGAAGAUGGAAGUGGAAGUUUGCAAGCAGUCAGAUAUAGCAGAAACAUUGUUCACAACCAAUAAUGGAAUCAAUGCAGGAUCAGGUAGCAAAUUCCUUCACAAAGGAAACAAUUUCAGCCAAGAACUUGCCAGUACCUUUAACAACAGGAAAUGGACGAUCAAAUGCAAGAAACCCAUCAUGGACAAGGAGGAAGAGCGGAAAUUCAACCCAACAGAACCAAAUUUCCUUCCUGUUGUUCCUGACCCAGAGACAGAGAAGGUUGAUCUCAGGCAUCAGGACAUGGAUGACAGGAAAAAUGCUGAGGAAUGGAUGCUUGAUUAUGCACUCCGACAAGCUGUCACCAAACUUGCUCCAGCUAGGAAGAGGAAGGUGGCACUACUUGUUGAAGCUUUUGAAAAAGUCUUGCCUAUACCCAAAUAUGAAACUCAUAUCAGGCACGCAUCAUCAGCAACCUUUGCUCACACAAUUCCAAUUCAAGCUUGUAGCUGAUGGCACUUUCAGAGGUGAUGAUGAAAAGAGUUGCUUAGGUACAAUCUACCUGCAAUAAUUUGUUGGCCAAGGGACUAUUAUCAUAGUUACCAAGGCUCCAGAUUUAGGAGAAAACUACUGAUUAUAUAGAGCAACUAACAUCUUCUUCGGCUUAUACUAAGAACUGAAGAAAACACUUGGGGUGGUGGCUGAAAGGAGGUUCAAGUCUAGAUGCAUGCAGUAAUUGUUUCUCCUGAGCUUAUUGGUUGAAAUGCGAAUGAAUACUUUCUAGCUCAAUAAUAUGUGUUAAAUAGCAAAAUAUCAUAUAUGUUGUUGAGUUCUUUGUUGUUGUAAGAGGGAACUUUACCUCCGAUUGGUGUUAAUUUACUAUUGUUAUUCUCUGUUUGAUACUUA